GCUAUGGUUAAAUAGAAAAAUCAGGCGCGCUCGGUACAGUAAAAUUUUACAGCCCGCCACUAGCUUUUCCAUCUCCCCCUCUAAUAUUCUAUUAGCCUAUCUCUCUCUCUCUAUCUUGUAUCUUCUUCUUCACAAAUCAACCCUAACCGUGUUCCCCUCUGUCUCUUUUUCUCUCCCUCUAAAAAUAGCCACACACACUACAAUCUCUUGCCUUCUCUCAAUCUCUCGUUCAUCCCACUCACAGUGACUAUUUCUUUCGCUCUCUCUGGUUUGGAACCAUCGUUCACCGACCUCUCUCUCUCAUUCUCUUUCAGAUGUGGGUGCUAAGGAUCAAUGAUGAAGGGUCCCAAGAAAGGGCUUUGGGACGAUGAUGAAAAGACGCAAUAAGGGGCGAAGCAGAUGCUCCCCAAAGUGCUUUGACCCUUUCUUCUCCCUAGCGCGAACCAGAGGCCUUUCCUCCAUGGGCGAUGGGCAACCGAGUCUGUCCAUUAUGUGAAGUAAGUUUAACGGCGCCAUUCACAAGGGUAUGCCCCACAAGUUCUACCAUGGCAGAACUGGGCAUGUCUGGAACAUCACCAAGCGCUAUUGGCGUGGAGGUUAACAAGCAGGUUGGGAACCGCAUCAUUAAGAAGAGGAUUCAUGUUCGUGUGGAGCAUGUCCAACCCUCUAGUUGCACUGAGGAGUUCAGAAACAGAAAGUUAAGGAACGAUAAGCUCAAGGCCGAGGCCAAGUUGAAGGGUGAGGCCAUCAGCACCAAGAGGCAGCCAGAGGGUCCCAAGCCAGGUUUCAUGGUCGAAGGAGCUCAGUUAGAAACUGUCACCCCCAUUCCUUAGGAUGUUGUCAACGAUCUCAAGGAAAUAUUCCAAGAGUCCAAGAUUUUCGGUUUAUGAAAGACAAAAAGCAAGAGGCAUUCUCAUGACACCAGGUCUUCAAGGCAGCUCACCUCACUAGUCAUGGCAUCAAUUCGGAAGGACACCUCAAAGCUUCACAAAAGCCAGAUGGCAGCAAGCAGUAGGCACAACACCUCAGUAUCUCACGGCAUCAGAUUUUGAAGCAUGAUUGGCCAGAAAGAUGGCAAAGCUUUAUUCCUGAUCUUGUUUCUGCUGCUAAAACUAGUGAAACAAUUUCUUCUAAGUGAAGAGGUGUUUGAUUUCUCAAGAGGAGAGAUGACUCAAAGUAAGAUAAAGGAGCUUAAACAAUCAUUGAACAGUGAAUUUCAACUCAUUCAUGAGCUAUGCUUAUAUGUACUAUCAACCUCUCAAAGAACUGAGCUUAUACGUGCAACACUCUCCGCAUUGCACGCAUUUCUCUCAUGGAUUCCCCUGGGAUAUAUAUUUGAGUCUCCAUUGCUUGAAACGCUGCUGAAUUUUUUCCCCAUGCCAUCGUAUCGGAAUCUCACUCUUCAGUGUUUGACAGAGGUUGCAGCACUUAAUUUUGGAGAUUUCUACAAUGCCCAGUACGUUAAGAUGUACACCAUAUUCAUGAAACUGUUACAGACCAUGAUUCCUCUUAAUACAAACAUUCCUGAGGGUUAUGCAAUUGGUUCCUGUGAAGAGCUUUUAUUCAGAAUUUGGCUUUGUUCUUCACUUCAUUUUAUAAGUCUCACAUUCGUGUGUUGGAAACUCCUGGAGAGAACAUAGCUGCUUUGCUCAUGGGUGUUGAAUAUCUUACCAAAAUUUCAUAUGUGUGCAGGGGCUUCUCUCGGAAACUAGCUUUGGAGAGGGACAGUGCGACGACAUCAUUCUUCAACGGUGUGUAACAAGGUGGUGGAGGCCCACGGCUUGGGUCGUGUGACAGGGAGGCUUGACUCGUGGGUCUACGGCGUGGCUCGCUCAUGGGUGCGACGGUGGUUUAUUCGACGGGUUUGAAUUUAGUGAGGUUAUUCUACAACAUUUAUGGGUUUAAUAAUUGUUUUGAGUUUCCAAACUCAUGUUAUGCUUAGGCACAGUAUGAUGCCUCCUUUCUCACAUUUUAGUUUUCAUAAAGUACAAUUACUAAGUACCUGUGAUAGUUUAUUUAUAAUGUCUUAUUGAUACAUGAUUUGAAUUUUUACUUGUGCACCAAAGAUUCUUUUUGUUGCACUUGUAAGUUAUUGUUUUGAUGAGCCACAUUGUGCUGAGUGUUAGCUGGGAUAUAGGAAUUGGCCAGCAUGUGAAGGAUGUCUGGGAUAUAGGAAUCUUACUUUUUGUUUGAAUAAGUAUAUAUGCUUAGAUGAGAUUAUAUAUUAACAAAAAAAUUUAAUGUCUAUUUGCAAUCAUAGAAAAAAUGGGUUCUUGCAGUACUAUAAGAAGAGCAAGAAAUGUAAAGAUUCAUUUAUUAUGUUCUUGUGCAAUUUGGUCUUUCCGUGUCAGAAUUUAGCUCCUGUUCAGUAUACAAGAAAGCAAGGUAAUUAGCAUGCUCUUUGGCUUUAUCCUUUUUUGGUUGUAGGUGAUUUGCCUGUUGUGAUUUCAUGCGCUAGUGUAGCUCUAACAGAUGCAGGGAUAAUGAUGUAUGACCUUGUAACUUCAGUUUCAGUGGUGCUGCAUUGUCCUUUUCAAUGUUUGUUGUUGGUUUGCUGCUUUCAUCUAAUCCUGAUGCCACGAGAGACCUGGUGCAGGUUCCAAGCAUGCUGUUUCAAGGUUCUUUGCUUCUUGGGCUCAUCAGUAGAGCCACUCUUGGUUAUGCAGAGUUUGAACAAGUUCCCUCGAAGGACUAGUACGCCAUCUGGGGUUCAUAGUCAAGCACAACAAUCUGAAGAACAGCUACAACAACAGCAACAAUAGCAUUAGCAGCAGCAACAACAUCAUCCAAACUAUAGUUUGAAGUAAAAAAUGUUCAAGAUUAUAAAAUUUUAUUAUGUUAUGCUUUCAAACUUAAGUUAGAACUAAUAUCUUAUGAAGUAGACACAUUCAUGGUUUGAAUUAGUUAUUUUUUAAUGUAAUACUUAUGGUUUAUCAAUUUAUUGAGAAUUACAUUUUAUGAUUAA